ACUCGGUGCAACAGGAUUUUUGUCAUUGUUGAAAGCUCAAACGUUUUUUACUUGUUUCUUUUGAAAAUAAAAUUAUUAAGAUAUUUGCUGAUCAGAAAUGGAAAUCUGUAAGAAAACAACAUGCCUGACGAUGAUUUGCCUUAUUCUCCUUGUAACGGGGCAAGGUGCUGAUGCAUUCUUUAAGGAAGUAAUCGGUGGUCUCAUCGGUGUCGGAGCAGCAACAGUCGCUCUACCCGCUGCUUUAGGAGCGGUUGGAUUUACCGCAGCGGGUAUUACAGCCGGUUCCUGUGCCGCAGGAAUGAUGUCAUCAGCAAUGGCAUCGGGAGGAGUUGCGGCGGGAAGCACGGUAGCCGUGUUGCAGUCGGUUGGAGCCGCAGGACUGUCAUCGGGGGGUGUAGCCGCAGCAGCCAUUGCCGGUGCUGCUGCUGCCAGGGAAUAUGAAUAUGAUGAUUAAGUCAUAUUCCAAGCACAUACAUAAGUGUAUCAGUUAAGACACUGAGUCGUUAAAAUUACAAUUAGUCAGAAUAUGUUGCAUGUCUGAUUUUAAUGCGCCAUCAAAACCACUUUUUAACAAAAACUUAAUUACCUGUAUUUAUAUCUCAAUUGAAUCAAUAUUGUAUCGCUUUCAGGCAUAUACAAAAUAAAGUGCCAUAAAAGUUGCAUCUAUGAUCAAAUUGAAAAUAUUAAUGUACAGGUCAUAAUGGAAAUCCUGAAAAUUAUUUUGUAGAAGAAUGUUAAUAUACAGCAUCUUCCUUUUCUUUAAAUUCAAAAGACCUUGCAUUUGGAAUUAUCUUCAACGUAACAUGAAACAAAUUUCAUACUGAAAUGUUCUUUAAAUCUAAAAAUAAAAAUUUUCUCUCAACGUUUUAAUUCAAUCAAUCCCAUCUUAUUUUCUUAUUAUUAUAAUAGUUCAUUUUUUCAUUAAGUCUUGAAUUUUAUAUUUUACCCUACAUAGGGACUGCCUCGUCAGAACCUUUGCUUUGUUAUUUUGCAUGCAGUUUUCCACUUGUUCAUUUUAUGAAUAUAUUCACUUUCUAUCAUCUUUGCUUUAAAACAAAUCUUACUAUGUAUCUUUAUAUCUUUUUUCUUUACUUUUUCUGUUUUUGUUAUCGUUUUUAUAUGGUCAAUAUAUUUUAAUGGACUUGAAUAGAUCAAUAAAUAAAAUUAAAUGAAAAACGUUCUCGACAUUACACCCUAUAGCUAAAGCGUUCGGACUAAUAAAUUCAAACAUUGUUUGCCGAUAAUUCAUACCUACUAAUCAAGGGUGGCAGAGAAAAGUUGAAGGGGGGGGGCACAUUGAAAAAGGAGACCUUUUCUUUCAAAAAGGGUACUAUAUUAAAACAAAGAAAAAUGACUUAUCUACAGUGACGUAAAAACCCUACAAAUUGAGGGGUCUAGAUAUGUCGUAUCAUGUUAAAGCGAGAGCACGACAAUUUUGUUAUCUUUAUAACAAAUAUCCAAUUUUGUGAUAGGUUUUUAGUGCUUCAAAAUAGUGGGGGCCUCCAGGAUCGCAGCCCCUGCUACUAAUAAUUUUACUCAACUUAAGAAUACACAACCUGUUAAUAUUUUUAAACGUUGUGAUUACAAAAUCAGCUCAUGUUAACAUAGUCAAACCACCAUUUCAAUUAAAUUCUUUCUCAUUAUGAUUUAUUGCAUAGGCCCCUUUUUUCAAUUCCAUUCCAGAUAAUUGAUAAUAAAUUGUUCAUGUACAAAUAUUACGAAAUUCGGCUCACAUUUAAUUUCAAUGGUUUCUUGAGAAUGAUUAUUUUUAUUCUUUCCUAUCCACCCUUGGAUAUUUGACCAAGUUUGAAGCAGAUAUUACUGUUCAAUUCAAUAACGUAAACCA